AUGAACGCAAUUCGACAGACCCAGCUUCUGAACAAGCGCGAGCUCGAAAACGCGACACCCCCCUCGGCCUCAUGGCACGCCGACUACAGGGACACGGCCUGGGUCUACAUAGGCGGCUUGCACCUGGACUUGACCGAAGGCGACGUGGUCAUCAUCUUCUCCCAGUACGGCAAUCCCACGCACCUCAACCUGAUGCGCGACAAAGAAACCGGCAAAAGCAAGGGAUUCGCUUUCCUGAGAUACGAGGACCAGAGGAGCUGUGACCUGGCUGUGGAUAAUUUGGGGGGUGCGAAGGUGUUGGGCCGGCUGUUGAGGGUCGACCACACUAGGUACAAGAAGAAGGAUGACGAGGACGAAGAUACGUAUCGGAUCGACAGGUUGGAAGCCGAGGCCCAGGCGGCUGAAGAAGAAGGGGUUAAUGGCAACGGGAAGAAAAGAGAGAGCGAUGAUAGUGACGACCAAGAUGACGAGCGCAGGAGGAAGAGGAGACGGCACCUGCUGAAAGAAGAGGAGGAGCUGGAGAAGCUGCUGGCCAUAAAGCAGGACGGCGAAGAAGAGGAUCCGAUGAGAGAAUAUCUGAUCAGAGAGAAGCGGGAGGAGGUUGAGAGGGCAAGGCAAAAGAAGAAGGAGAAAAGAAAGCACCGACAUCGACGAAGAGAUGAUGACUUGGACGAUGGAAAUGACGAUAUCGACAGAGAGGGCCAACACCGGCAUCGACACCGACAUCGAGAUGCUGAAGACCUUGAUAGGAGAAAAGAUCGGGACAGCGGCGAGCGUACGGGAAGGGACCGGCGUGAGGACGACGAGGAUGACAGAAAACAGCGAGGAAAGGACAAGGGCCGAGACUCGCGAUAUGAUCGAGAUAGAGACAGGGACAGAGACGUGGAGCACCGACAUAGACAUCCCCGACGAGGUAGCAGGGAGAGAAGGUCAUCGCGAGACCGCGAUCGUCCCUCGACCAGGCUUGAUGAUUAUUGA